GUCAAAAGUCGACCGACACGUUACCUCCCACCGACUAACUGCUUGACUUUAUAGUAUUAUUAUCUGUAUUGUUUACUUGAAACUCUUAUUCACUUGUGGAAAGCGAAAGUGGUUAUGGCUGCUCCGCUGAAAGUAUGUAUUGUUGGUUCAGGAAACUGGGGCUCUGCAAUUGCAAGAAUUAUUGGCACCAAUGCACAGAAACUCCAGCGCUUUGCCACCACAGUCAAGAUGUGGGUUUAUGAAGAAAUGGUCAACGAGAAAAAGCUCUCUGAGAUUAUCAACACCGAACACGAGAAUGUCAAAUACCUUCCAGGCUAUAAACUCCCAGAGAACGUGGUUGCGGUGCCGCAGCUUCGGGAAGCUGCAGAAGGUGCUGACCUACUGGUGUUCGUUGUCCCUCAUCAGUUUAUCCGGAAACUGUGCGAUGAGAUGGUGGGCUGUGUUUCGGAUAAGGCUCGUGGAAUUACAUUAAUCAAAGGCAUUGAUGAAGGACCAGAAGGAUUGAAGCUCAUCUCCGAUAUAAUUCGGGAAAAAAUGGGCAUCGAUGUCAGUGUCCUGAUGGGCGCCAACAUUGCCAACGAAGUGGCAGCUGAGAAGUUCUGUGAGAGCACCAUUGGCAGCAAGGUGUUGGAGAACGGCAUCUUGUUCAAAGAGCUCCUGCAGACCCCUAACUUCAGAAUCACUGUGGUGGAUGAUGCUGACACAGUAGAGCUCUGUGGAGCCCUCAAGGCACUUUGAUUUAGAACAUUGUUGCUGUGGGUUGCUGUGGGCGCAGGCUUCUGCGAUGGUCUGCGGUGUGGAGACAACACCAAAGCAGCUGUCAUUCGACUGGGAUUGAUGGAGAUGAUCGCCUUCGCCAAACUCUUCAGCAAAGACGAUUCCGUAUCCUCUGCCACAUUCCUCGAGAGCUGCGGCGUGGCUGACCUCAUCACUACCUGCUACGGUGGAAGAAACCGGCGCGUGGCUGAAGCUUUUGCCAGGACAGGGAAGAGCAUCGAGGAACUGGAGAAGGAGAUGUUAAAUGGACAAAAGCUUCAGGGACCAUUGACUUCUGCUGAGGUUUAUCAUAUUCUCAAACAGAAGGGCCUAGUGGAUAAGUUCCCACUGUUCACGGCUGUUUAUCAGAUCUGUUUCGAGGACAAACCAGUUCAGGACAUGAUCACCUGCCUGCAGAGCCAUCCGGAACACCUGUGAGAGUUCCUCUGUGUCCCCUUCUUCAUCACCAUCCUCUUCGUUCUGUUAGAUGGUCCUACCUCCAACAUUUCUCAUUUUCUUCAUUAAUAAGUUCUCUUUUUGUCCCAGGUCCAACUCUACACUAAUGGUUAGGCUUGAACUCAGGGGUUUGUUUCCAACCCAGCAGGUUUUGUGGCUAAUGUGCUCGAAAUGAUUUUUCAGAAAAGCCAUGUGUUUGAGCCUACAUGGCAUUUUUAACUCUUUUUCUCUCUGUCUGACUGCCCUCUUGUGGAUGGCCCACAAUAUCACCUCACUGACAGAGAUGAAAUGCCUCUUUUUAAAUGACGGUGGAGACCUCAUCAUAGAGGCUCACUACACGUCCAUAUUGAGAGCAACAUGACACGACUGCAAUGCCUCCGUUACAAUCUUUACGAUCCUGUAGAACCAGCAUAAUACCAGUUUUUAUAGUUACGCUUCAUUUAAACUAGGUUUAACACGCUUUAUUUCCGUUGUAAUUGCUUAGUUUAAUGCUGAUAAAUAUUUAAACUGCCAUUUACACUGAACUUUUUGAUAGAUUAAGUAAAACUUAGAUUUCUGUGAAGAUGCCUUUUAACUCCUCACUGGUCAGGAACAGCUGUCGCAGGUCAACGAAUACUUGAAUGGAAGUUUUGUUUUGUUUUAAAGGACAGUAUAUUCUAUAAAAGGGGCUUAAAUCGGUCACCUCAGUUUCCCAGCAGCCCCCUUUUAAGACCAAGUGCUUUCAAGACAGGGAACAUAAAACGUGUUAUAGAAUGACAUAGUUGUCUUUACUUUUUAUCAUGUUACAGUAAAAACUACAGUGUUGCAUAUCUAAAUUUCAAGAAUGCAUUGAAAACACAAAUUAUUGAAUCCCUAAAUAGUAACUACUUUAGCAUCCUGAUCAACUACCAUAUCUACAGUUCCAGUUGUAAUAACUUUAUGAAGAUUAGCAUUCAAAUACUAAUGUAAUCUUUAUUUAUACCAUGAAAAAAAGUAGUAUUAAGAUCUGUGAUUUUCAAAUGAAGGAGCGUUUUACAGGAGCAGCUAGUGUUUGGAUCUAUAAUGGCCUUCUGUUUUUGUUUUUUUUUCAAGGCUAGCUCUUAGCAUGUAUCUGUUACAGUGUCAUUUCUGUUGUUUUUAUUAUUUUCAGUGUUUAUGUAAGAGUUUAAUUCAUACUACAAGUAUUCAGCUGUGGAAAUGUUGAAGUGUACCAAGUCUAACACUCCAGUAGAUAAACUAUAUACGUUUUCAUGUUGCUAUAUGAAUCCGUCCUGGGUUUUUUUUCCUGAGAAUGUGAUCAUUUUUGCAAGUUGCGUGUCUAACAAAUGUCAACAAGGCUGAACGUUGAAACAAAUGCUGCUUUUGAAAGUAACCAAUAAAAUAAUCUGUGCUAAA